AUGCCCGAGGGCAAGGGCCAGGUCAAGUAUGCAGUUGUAGCUGUGGACUACUUCACGAAGUGGGCUGAAGUUGAGGCCUUAGCCACCAUCACUGUAGCUCGCAUCAAAACUUUCGUAUGGCAGAAUAUCGUAUGUCACUUCAGCAUCCCCAACACCAUUGUCACAGACAACGGCCGGCAAUUUGACAAUGCAAAGUUCAAGCAAUUUUGUUCCAACCUCAAGAUACAUCUUUGCUUCGCCUCCCCAGCCCAUCCUCAGUCCAAUGGCCAGGUCGAAGCUGUGAACAAAAUCAUCAAAAAGACCCUGAAACCAAGCUUGACAAAGCCAAGGGUUGCUAGCCAGAGCUACUCCCAAAGGUUCUUUGGUCCUACCGCACCACCUUCCAUACCUCCACAGGAGAAACACCGUUCGCUCUUUCCUUUAGUACCGAAACCGUGGCGCCAGUGGAGAUUGGCCAGCCCACAUACUGAACCUCUACUUAUAAUGCAGAAGACAAUGACGAGCAGUUAG